AUGUUCGCUUCAAAAUCCAGCUCUGUAUCCCCUUCUCCAUCCAUGGAGCAGGCAGAUUCUGAUGCUCUGGACAUCAGCACCAAAGUGCAGCUGUACGGCGUGCUCUGGAAGAGACCCUUUGGGAGGCAGUCGGCCAAAUGGUCCAGGAGGUUCUUCAUCAUUAAGGAAAGCUUCCUGCUCUACUACGCUGAGAGUGAGAAGAAGAGCUUUGAAAGCAAUAAAUACUUCAACAUCCACCCCAAGGGUGUCAUACCCCUGGGAGGCUGCAUCGUGGAGCCCAAAGAAGAGCCCAACAUGCCUUAUGCCAUAAAGAUCUCUCAUGAAGACUUCCAUGGUAACAUUGUUCUAGCAGCCGAAUCAGAGUUUGAGCAGGCUCAGUGGCUGGAGAUGCUACAGGAGUCUGGAAAAGUGACUUGGAAGAAUGCCCAGCUGGGAGAAGCCAUGAUCGAGAGCCUGGAAGCCCAAGGACUGCAGCUGGCCAAGGAGAAACAAGAGUAUUUAGAUAAGCUAAUGGAAGAAACAGAAGAGCUGUGUCUGCAGAGGGAGCAAAAAGAGGAACUCGAGCGUCUGAACCAGGUCCUGGAAGCAGAGAAGCACCGUUUUGAAGAGGUGGUACGGGAGCUGCGGCUGGAGCAGGAACAGAUCAGACGGGAGCUAGAGCUCACAGCCCACUCCCUUAAAGGAGUGGAGGAAGAAAAGAAAGAGUUGCGAAGCCUGACACAGUCCUUACAGAAAACCCUAGAGGAGCUCUCCCUGGAAAAGCAGCAAAUGCUGGAGAUGCUAGAAGAAAAUGAGAACCAGCUCCCACCUCCAACCAGCCCCAGCAAGGAGCAAAGCCCCAUCUGGGGACUGCACUGCAGCCUGCGACAGAUUGAAGAGAAGAUGCAGCAACUUCUGGCGGAGAAACUCCUGGCAGAGAAGAGGAUGAAGGAGAACGAGGAGCGGUCCCGAGCGCUGGAGGAGGAGCGGGAGUUUUACUCUUCCCAGUCGCAAGCGCUGCAGAACUCUCUUUCGGAGCUGACCGCGGAGAAGCAGCAGACGGAGAGAGACCUCAAGGCUGAAGUGAAGGUGCGCAUGGAUCUGGAGAAGAGACUAAGAGAAGCUGAGGAAGCAUUGCAGAGCUUGGAGCAAGGCUUAAAUUCUCUGGAUUGCAACAAGGAGAAAGAGGAGAAGAUGAAAGCAGAUGUCAGUAACUUGAGAAAGUUCUUUGAAGAGUGCAUCCGCAAUGCUGAGCUGGAGGCCAAGAUGCCCGUGAUCAUGAAGAACUCUGUGUACAUCCACAAGGCUGCCACUCGUCGCAUAAAGAGCUGCCGCUUCCACCGCCGGAGAGCCAGUGCUUCAUGGAAUGACUUGAAGCAGUCCCAGUCCUUCAUCUUCGCUCAUGCAGAAGCUGAAAACAUUGAGGAGCUCAAAGAUGCAGCCAAAAGACUGAGCCGCGACCAGCGCUUCAGGGAAACUCUCUAUCAAAUCAUGAGGUUGCAAAAGGAUUCUGCUUCAGGGGACAAAAAGUGA